CUCUAAAUCAUAUUGCGACUUCUGGGACGGUUUAGACCCGGAUCCGAAGGCGUUCAAGAUUUGGGUCCAAACCUCUUCGAUUCUCCACAUUCCUCCUUGCCCCACCCAGACAUGGACCCGCCACCGCCUCGGAACCCUAACACCGCCACUGCCUCAGCCCAGGAACCUCAGCCCUCAACUUCAAACUCAAUGAAACCUCCACCUCCUAAAUUUCUAAGCAAACCGGACUCGGAUUCACCGCAAAUCGAUCAAGACAAGUCCCAAUCAGACUCAGUUAUUUCUCAAAGCGGUGCAGAACCUACUGAAAGGGGCAAUGUUCAAGAUGACUCAAGCUCGAGCUCUAUCUCCCAAAGUAAAGACACCAAUGGAGAAGACAAGAAGCAAGACCAACAACGAACUGGUGCUGCUGCUGCUGUUCCUUACACCAUUCCAACAUGGAGUGGGCGCCCGUGUCAUGAAUUUUACCUUGAAGUCCUUAAAGAUGGCUCCAUCAUUGAUAAAUUUGACGUCCACAAGAAGGGGGCGUACAUGUUUGGGCGUGUUGAUCUUUGCGAUUUUGUCCUUGAACACCCGACCAUCUCUCGCUUUCAUGCUGUUUUGCAGUUCAAGGGAAAUGGCGAUGCUUAUGUUUAUGACAUUGGCAGUACACAUGGGACAUUCAUUAAUAAAAAUGAGGUGAAGAAGAGAGUUUUUGUGGAGCUGCAUGUUGGUGAUGUCCUUCGAUUCGGACACUCGUCACGGUUAUACAUAUUUCAAGGACCAGCUGACCUGAUGCCGCCGGAAGCUGACCUGAAGAGGGUAAGACAAGCGAAGAUCCGGGAAGAGAUGCAUGACAUGGAAGCAUCACUUCUCCGUGCAAAAUUGGAAGCGUCUCGUGCAGAUGGAAUCUCAUGGGGAAUGCGUGAUGAUGCUAUUGAGGAGAACGAUGAUGAAGUUGAGGAAAUAACUUGGCAAACUUACAAGGGACAACUUACUGAGAAGCAGGAAAAAACACGUGAAAAAGUUCUGAAAAGACUUGAAAAGAUUGCUCAUAUGAAAAAAGAGAUAGAUGCUAUUCGGGCUAAGGAUAUUUCUCAAGGUGGAUUGACACAGGGACAGCAAACUCAAAUUGCUCGUAAUGAACAGAGGAUAUCACAGUUAUUGGAAGAGCUUGAAAACUUGGAAGAGACUUUAAAUGAGAGCAUACUUGAAAGUCUUGGUGCACGUGCUGGAAGGACAUCCCGUGGAAAGAAAAAGGAGCCUGAAGAAGAAGAGCUUUCGAGUGAGGAGGAUGAGUUCUAUGAUCGCACUCAGAAGCCAAAGAGAAAAACUGGUGAAAAUCAAUCAAUUGAGACAGCUGAUUCUCUUCUUGAUAAGAAAGAUGCCAUUGUCAGGGAGAUGGAAGACAAGAGAACAUUAUUUCUUGAUGAAAAGGAUGGCACAGGUCAGGCAAGUGAGGUUGAAGCUGGAGAUGAACUGGAUGCUUACAUGUCCGGGCUUUCAUCUCAGCUAGCUCUUGAGAAGAAGGAAAAACUUGACAAGGAACUCUCCACUCUCCAAACAGAGUUGGACAGGGUACUUUACUUGCUAAAGAUUGCUGAUCCUACUGGUGAGGCUGCUAAAAAGAGGGAGCUGAAAGUACAAGAACCAAAGACCAGUUUGACCAAAACUGUCACAACUGAUGCCCAUCAGCAGCCUCCACCUGAGAAGAAGAAAAAAGACAGAGCAGAACCUAAGGACAUAGUAGAGAAACAGGACACUGUUGAUGCAAUCUCUACAUCCAGUCAAGAAACAAAGGAGAUUGGCACUGAUGCAGCUGAUGGUAAAAAUGUUGUGUACACUGUUAGUAAGCCCCAAUGGCUUGGUGCUGUAGUGGAAAAGCAAAAACAAGAGACAGUUAUUGAACGACAGGCAGAACUUCAAGAAAAUGAUCAAUUUGUCGAUUAUAAAGACAGGAAUAAAGUUUUGGUAAAACCAGAUGUUACACAGUUGACUGCCGAAUCAGGAAUUGAAAGUGCAGCUCCUGGAUUAAUAAUAAGGAAGCGCAAGCAAGUUGAGAAGUCUGAUGUCACUGAACUCAAAGAUUCUCAACAAUCCUCUGGAGCUGAUAUGAAAGCGGAAGAUGCAGUGGCUCUGUUGUUGAGACAUUCUCAAAGAUACCAUGGUACUGAUGAUGAAGUGGAAUAUAGCAGACACGAUGUAUCCCAUGAAAGUCAAACCACGAAGGAAAAGAAAAAGAAGAAGAAGGUUCUUGGUCCAGAGAGACCACCGUUUCUGAAGAGUGAGAAGGACUAUGAUUCUUGGGUUCCUCCUGAAGGACAAUCAGGUGAUGGACGCACCUCACUGAAUGAUCGUCUUGGUUAUUGAAUGGAUGAGAUUCCAAAUGUUCAACACAUGUUGUGGCAUGGGGUAGCUCGACUUACAGUUUGCUGAUGGAUCAUGUAAUGUAAUUGAAUGGCAUUUAAAGCUUGAUUCGA